UAAAGACGCCAUUUUUGACUACCACAGUUAUUCAGAACGAUAAGAGUGAUUUCAGAAGAAUAUGAAAUACUAGGAAAGAAGUUAAUUAUAAGAUGCAUAUACAUUUUUUGACGUCAAUAUGGACGUGGAGUUUAUAAGACAUAAUUUUGAGGAUAGUUAUAAUGGAGUACUCACGAAAACAAAAUUCAAGCUUGGUGUGCGGCACCUGCAAAUGGUCUACAUGUUUGUUUGCUCUCUUGUACUGGGAAUGCUGCGUGGCAGCAAUGGCGUCGGCGUGCUCGCCAUCGCUGACUAUACACGCAAAAAUGACACUUACGUGCCGAUCCAUAACUGGGAUAUGCGGAUCCAAGGAACUGUUUUAUCAUCGUUUCUAUUUGGAUAUGCCCUGAUCCUGGUGCCAGCAGAGUUAUAUCUGAAGCAAAUGGCGGACAAGUUGAUAUUAACUGCUGUUCUCCUAAUUAACGGUGGUCUUGCUGCUGCCAUGCCAACGAUAGUCAAUAAGGGUGGCUGGAUCGCCGUCUGCAAUGCGCAGUUUCUGAUGGGAAUGACUCAAGCUUGCCUGACUCCUGUCAACCAGAAGCUAAUAUCCAACUGGCUUCCACCAGGAGAAAGAGAAGUCUUCGGUUUUAUUAUUCAAGGAGCAAUACUAAUAGGUACGAUUAUAUCCUUGCCAAUAUCCGGUCUAUUAACCGAAUCCCGUUUAUCCUGGGAGCUGAUAUUCUACUCGCAAGCCAUGAUGACGCUGUCAAUGGCAGUGAUAUGGAGUCUUCUGACAGGCAGCUCACCUGAACGGCAUCAGGCCAUGGGAGAUACUGAAAAAGAGUUUAUAAGGGAAACUCUUGCGGGAUAUCACCAAAAAAAGCUUCAAAAGCCUUGGUGUCGAAUUCUGCAGACGAAGCAAUUUUGGGCGUUAGCGCUCGCUCAUUCGGCUGCUAAUGUUCUCUUCGUGUUCUUCUUGUUUGAAAUACCAGUGUUCCUGCAUUCUAUGCAUCUAUCUAUUAGACGUUGCAGCUGGCAAGCAGCGCUACCCUUAGUUGCAAUGUGGGUGGUUCACAUAAUGACUGCUCCCGCUGUUGAACUGUUCUACAGAUUUGGUCACAUUAAUUUCUUGUUUGACGUCAAAUAUUUCAGAAAAAUCAUAAAUGGCUUAGGAACUUUCGGGAUAAUAAUAGGAUUAACGAUUUUACCCAAUUUAGUUUCAAACUGGAAUCACUUAGGGGUUAUCGUUUUAAUUGGAACAUUGGGUCUAGUCGGAUUACAAUUUUCUGGAUUCCUUGAAAACCAUAAGGACAUGACACAAAACUAUCAAGGGACAUUGCUGUUGAUGAGCAGCGUGGUCGCCAGCACGCUGGGAGCUUUAGUUCCGCUGGUAUCUGGACUGGUGAUAGGCGAUGAUGUUUUCAAUCUCAACCGCUGGAGGAUAAUGUUUAUGUCACUGGCGGGCUUCUACAUCGGAUGUAACAUCGUUUACUCCGCCUUCGCAAGCAGCGAGCGACAAGAGUGGGACGGGACUCUCAAGCAGAAGUUUGGAUAUAGUAAUGAUGUCACUAACAUGGAACUAGAAGAGCUAAGCCAAUCUAAAGUUAACAAUCGAUGUUUAGAAGAAGAUACUGUAGUAUAAGCAUAGAAAUAUUAUGUGAUUAUAGCCGAAAAAAUUCUUAAUUUUAAUCUUAUGAAUUAAAAAAAACAUUUCAUUUA